AUGGAAUGUUCAUCAAAUGGUCUUAUUUAUCCAAUGGUUGGUGUAGUACUCGAACGAUUCUCUUUAGGAAUAUUGCCUAAAAUCCAUCAUAAAAUUAGACGACUCAAUCUUGAGUCAUUAUCUAUGAAACGUAUUCUUCUUGCUGGUGAAUAUCCUAAUUUAUGUGAACUCGGGCUUUUUAAUAUUCAAAGUGAAAUAUUUCAACGUCUCUUUGCCGGUAAGAAAUUCAAUUUCGAUUAUUUUAAUCGUCGUAGAAGAUAUCUAACAAUAGAGAGUGAACAUAAUCUA